AUGUUGCAAGCUGCAAAAGACUACCCAAAGUUGACCAAGACAGAAUCUCACAUGACAUCUGUAAGAGAUGCCAUUAAUGACGAGGGUAGGAAGGUCUACCCAGACCCCGGACUACCCGGAAGUAUGAACACGUUACACCUCUUCUCCGUCAACUUCACUGCCUCCUGGUCCACCACCGAAUCGUCUUCAAGAUCCUCACCACAGUCUACAAAUGUCUCCAUAACCACGCCCCCUCAUAUCUCACCACUCUCAUUGACGUGUAUCACCCCAGACGACCUGGCCUUUGGUCCGAGCAUCAGAGACAAGAUCUACCGCUUCACCGGACCAUAUCAAAGUGGUUUCAAAAGAGGCAGGAGCUGCGCAGACAUUGUAUGGGCACAACGUAUGCUAACCUCAGUUGUUAUGACAAGGAAAUGGGACUUCCACAAGAUGGGCAUUGAUCUGUCGCGAGCUUUCGAUACCAUCAAGCGGAAACGCAUCCUAGAUGUCCUACUACAAGCAGGCUGCAACGAAGAUGAAGUAAGACUAGCAAGAUCACUGUUAGCAGAGACAAAGCUCAGGGUCUGUGUAAAAAACGAGCUGUCAGACUCAUUUGAGACCUCAAUAAGAUCCCCCCAGGGUGAUAGCCUAUCACCAGUCUUUUUCACCUGCUACCUUGCUGCUGCACUCUCAUCCGUCCGAGAAAGCUCCAACAGGCCCAACCCACCGGUCUCCAGCCUAGGUCUGCCACUAGAAAUGGAGUACGCACACGAUGUUGACUCUCCGGAUGAAGAAAAGAAACCCCUGGACCAUCUCCAGCCAGUAGCAGCGGAGAAACUAAAAGUCGACAACUUGUUCAUGAACGUGACGAAGACAGAGUUUACUCACGUAUACCUUGCAGAAGCCACGGAGACAGACUCACACGGCAAGGCUGUCCGUGGCAAUGAGAGUUGGCGCAAGAACAAGACCCUAGGCUCCUUACUGUGCAGCACUUCAGACAUCACAGCUCGCUGCAUUCAAGGCAAUGUAACAUUCCACACGUUACAGAAACUCUGGAGCCAGCGAACCAAGAUCCCGCCGAAGACAAGACUCCGUCUCUACAACACAUACUGUGUAUCAAUCAUGCUCUACAAUUGCAACAGCUGGGCAGCACCCAAAGUCAUGCUUGACAAGCUGGAUGCGUGCCACCGCAGACACAGGUCACUGCUGGCCACAGAGCCUUAUCAGCAACCAGGCACUAUGCGAACUGUGCAAUGA